AUGGAUCCUUCAUUUAAGAAAAGACACAGAAUACCUGCAUCAUGCUCUGUUUGCCGGAAGAGAAAGUCCAAAUGUGACAGGAUUCGUCCAGUUUGCGGUUCGUGCAAGAAGAAGUCCAUAGCGCACUUAUGUUACUAUGAAAAGGAAGGAAGAGACCCUAGCGGGGGUAAUGGAUACGACACCAUGAAUGACUACUACGACCCACAUCAACAACAGCUGCACCAGCACCAACAGUUGAUACAUCCCCAAGCUCAUCCUCCACCACCUCCGCAUUCAGCACAUCCGCCACCACCUCCACCGCUGCACGGAGCAAUACCACAUUUCCCCUACCCGCAGCCAAACCAGCCAGUUUAUGUCUACAUGGCCCCAGGGAUGAACAUGCAACAGCCUGAACAGUACCAGCAGCAGCAGCAGCUUCAGCAACAACAACAGCAGCAACAGCAACAACAACAACAACAACAACAGCAGCAGCAGCAGCAGCAGCAACAACAACAGCAACCGCAGCCACAGCAGCCAUUACCUCAGCCAUCACACCAUGCCAACACCCCUCGACCUUUCCCUCCACAAACAGCUCAAACUCCACAAGUUCAGUUACAACAACAACAGUCACCUUUAGGCAUGUCUCCCUCAAAGCACCCUCAAUUCCGUGGACCAGCCCCCCCACAACCUUUACCACUUCCUUCACAUAUGUCUGUGUUGCAAAGACCAACACCUAGCGAAUUUCACGGACUGACUACGCUUCUCUCUACCUUACCUGGAAGUACGCAAGAACUUCAGCCCAUGCAGUUUUCUCCAAAUAACUCUUCUCCUGAUACGGACAGAAUACAGCUUGCUCCGUUGAGAGGUGACUCCUUUGGAAAGUCUCUGUCAGAACCUUCAGGUCUCAUUGGUAGCACCACCGGAAAGAACGGUAGCACAUCUGGAUUGGCUACUGGAGAAUUUCCAGCUAAGACUCCAUUAACUUCCUUAGACCACACCUUCCAGACACCACCAGUAGUGGCCCCUUCAGCACCACAUUUGCCACUACCACCAACGCAAGCGCCCCCAGUGCCUCAAUUUGCAUCUUCUAUCACGGCUCAGCAAUUAUCUAUAGAUCCUAAUCCUUCUAUGGUUUCGAACCAAUCGGUAGAUGCGGAGUUAGUAUCCAUUGUAAUAGGUCCUAACUCUACCUUAAAAGUAAACCCUAAUGAUGCUAUAGAUGUCUUUGCAAAUACUAAUUUCUCACUAGUAAUAGAUGGACCAAAUUGGCAACAGCACGGGCCAAUUUCCUAUUCUGGCCUAACCAAAAGUGACCCUUUCAUCAAGUUUUUCAGAUCAUAUGCAAUCACCUUGUUUAAAAGUGGAGAGCUUUCCAAGUAUUUGCAACAUAAAUAUUCAAAAACAAAGAAAAGAUCCUCAAGUAAAUUAAAUGGUAACUCAAAGAGAAACAAGAGCCAAGAUCUUGGCACUAAUAAAGGCGAGGCUGGAGUAAAAGUAGAACUUGGAAAAGACAGUACAGGUGCUGAUGGAAGAAAAGAAAAUGGCGACCCUGAAGAGAAUGAACAAGAGGGAGAUGGAGACGCCGACACCGGAGAAGGUGAAGAGGAAGAGAUAGGUGGCCUUGAAGACUCACUUGUUGUUAAUAAGAUUGGAUUAUCAAAGGAAGCAAAGGCGAGAAUGGAAUCCGAAGCAAAUAUUAAGGUGAAGCUUCCUGACUCUUAUCCCGGAAUAAAAGCAUUCAAUAAAGUCAAAAAGACACAAGACGAUUUUUUUGAGAAUAUAGUUUUCAAAUCUGCAUUGCAAGUUUUACCGUCACAAAGAAGUAUAUUCAUUUUGUUUUAUAGAUUCUUCAAGUAUGUUUGUCCCUUCAUUCCAAUAAUUGAUGAACAUUCCUUGAUAGUCGAUUUAUGCAAAAUUUUACCUGAGAAGUUUCCCAGAUUUCAGACUCACAAGUAUAAUGAAAUUAUUAUAAAGCAUCCAAACGAUAUGAACACCUUGGCUAUCUUGUUGCUUAUAGUCAGAUUGGGCUAUAUGUCCAUGAUUCAUAAUGACGAAUUGAAUAAUGAAUAUACUGCAGAUGAAAAAACAGCAGCUGAUGAAAUGAAGCCAAUCAGUUCUGAAGAAUACUCCAAGGUAAUCUCUUUAUGCAUCCCCGAUGAACUGACUCUAUCCAAGUCGAGCUUUAAACUAAUUCAAGCAUUGACAUUGCAGUAUUUUUACAGACAAGUUGCACCAGAAGAUUGCCAUGGUUUGAGUGGAUCUGAUGCUCAAUUACUAUUAGGAAUAAUAAUUAGACAUUCGAUUAAUGUUGGUUUAAACAGAGAUCCCAAAAAAUACACUUCGCCUUCAAUCAAGAAUAAUGAGCCUCUUAUGGAAUGUUGGAGAAGACUUUGGAAUUACCUUGUGAUCACUGAUGCUAUUACUUCAAUUCAUUGUGGUACAAUCUUGAAUGUGAGGAGCUUAGAAAUUUCUGAUGUUGAAGCUCCUAAAUAUGAAGGAAAAACCAAGGAAUUGGAAGAGAUGUAUUACAAUAUUAAUAUAAUCUGUGAUUCGUAUAGAAAUCUUUCCAACAAGAUAAACAAUAUUCAAACGAAACCUAAAGUGGUGGAUAUGUUAGCUGAAACAAACGAAUUGGAGAAGAUUUUCUUCAAUUGUUUCGGAAAGGAUUUCUUCAAAGAUUAUAUAUGCUUGCCCCUUGAAGAUGAAGAUGAAGACGAAGACGUGAAUGUGGAAUCUCCCCCUAGCGAUGGAGAUAUCGAUAUGGAUGGAGGACUAAAUUCGUUAAAUGGAGUUGCAACAGCAGCUGGUACUGCUCGAAGCGCUCAUAACGAUCCAGAAAAUAAAGUUCCAAAUGUUGAUUCUAGUGCUAGCUCGACUGCUACUUUGGCUUCAUCCAACUUUGAACAAAAUAGAAGAAAUUCAUCAAUUUCUACUUCUGUCUCUUACAACAAGAGUAGCAAACCCGAGAGCAAGAAGAGUAUACAUUCUAGCACCCUGGCCAAUUUGGAUCCUCGUAUUAAACACGAAAAAUCAUACAUUAAAGUUAUCAAAUUUAUCACGUUUAUUCAGUUGCGUACCAAUUUGUCAAGUAUGUACUACAUGAUUGCAGUGCAUUAUGAAAACAAAUACAAUGAAUCGAAGACUCCUUCUAUGAGUGCUGGAAUUGAAUUAUUCAAGAUUUAUAUAAAAAGUGUGGUUCAGCUUAUCUAUAUUAUGUCCUAUGUUCUUGAACACCUGGUUACUUUAUUUGGUAAGAACUAUGAUUACAUAUUGACAUCUGCAAGUGAAAGGUGCAUGAUUAAAACACAUGCUUUCAUUAGUUCCUUUUUCGUCAGAAUAUUGCAUCAUAAGAAGGAUCUUACUGUCAAAAGGGAACAAGCAAAGCAAGAUAGUGAUAAAAUUAGUGAACUUAAUAUGAGAUUGGGAGUGUUACAUAAUCUUUUCCUGAUUGUUUUGGUUGAGAGUGAAUUGUUUGUGGGUAGUUUCAAAAAAUUAAGUCGCAGAUACGUUAAUUCUUACAGAAUUCAAGUAAUGCUUUAUCUAGUAUUAAAGCAAUGUAUGUCAAAUCCCGACUUCUUCUUUGACCGUGCUAUACAAAAUUUGAAUCACGAUGGUACCAAUAUGCUUCAAUUCUUCACAUUAAAUGAAUUGGAGCAAGUUAGUAGAAUGUGCGAAGAAUUUAGAUCGGCAAAGGAAGAGCAAAAUAAGAUUAAAAAGGAAAGAUCAGGCAGAAGAAGAAGAAGCAGCUCUGUCACUACAAAUGACACCUCACAAACAUCGUCUGAAGAUAUUCGAAUUCAAUUGGCUUCAUUAUAUAGCCAUGGAAAUACGGAACGAAAUCUGUACGAUUCCGGUAUGGAAGGAGCCGAGAGUAUUUCAGGGCUAGGGUUUGGUGCAAAGGGUUUCAAGGGUGCUCCUGGUGUAGGGCUGUCACUGGUUGAUGGUACCGCUAAUUCAAAUGCAUCCACUAGUUCACAGUCACCACUUUAUUCUGAUCCUUCUAUUUUUUAUGCACUCAAUAAUUCAGUACUCGGUGAAAAUCCAAUAAAUCUCAAUGAAGAUUAUAUUAAGAUAUUUGAUGUGUAUAACGAUAUUGAUCAUGAGUAG